AUGAUAUCGGUGCGGUUCUUUCCCGUCCUGUGCCUCGUCCUGGCAGCGGCCAGCUAUGCGCACAGCUGGUAUAAAUCCCCGGAGAAGGAUGGACAGCCGCUGGCUGCUCCUGAACCGUCCCCGUACGGCUCACUGUGGCCGCUUCCCCAGGAGGUACAGAUCUCCCCCAAUGCCAUGUUCAUUCCUCCGGCUGAGUUCACUAUAGUGCACGGAGAGGGAUCAACCGCAGGAGCGGACUGCCUGGUGCUGCAGGAUGCUUUCCGGAGGUACUUCGAUUACAUGUUUGGCUUGUUGCGCCUGAAAGAUGCACCCAAAGGUCUACAGAGUUCCGGGCGAUUAGUACAACUUCAGGUCACCCUCACUGCCAAGGACAAUGAAUGUCACAAGUACCCCAGCGUCCUUUCAGACGAGUCAUAUAAGCUGAUGGUUAAUGGUGAUGCAGCUGUUCUUGAAGCAAGUCAAGUCUGGGGUGCUCUGAGAGGUCUUGAGACGUUCAGCCAGUUAGUUUAUCAAGACAGCACCGGAGCAUUCCUUAUAAACAAAACGCAGAUUAGUGACUUUCCGAGGUUUGCCCACAGAGGAGUACUGCUGGACACAUCCAGGCAUUUUCUGCCUCUAAAAGUCAUCCUAAAAACAUUGGAUGCUAUGGCAUUUAACAAAAUGAACGUCCUUCACUGGCAUAUAGUUGAUGAUCCAUCUUUUCCUUACCAAAGUGAAACAUUCCCUGAACUAAGUAACAUGUCUGCAGAUCCGCACCUGAUCACUUAUCAUCCCCUCACUCAUAUUUAUACUUUUAUUGAUGUACGCAUGGUGAUUGAGUAUGCUAGACUAAGAGGAAUUCGUGUUAUACCAGAGUUUGAUACACCAGGACAUACUGACUCAUGGGGUAAAGGUCAAAAAGAUCUUUUGACUCCCUGUUACAAAGAUGGCGCACCAAGUGGAACUUUUGGACCUGUGAACCCAAUUGUCAAUGACACUUACGCAUUUAUGUACAAGUUAUUUAAUGAAAUUGGCAAAGUGUUUCCUGACAAAUAUGUCCAUCUAGGAGGGGAUGAGGUAAACUUCUCUUGCUGGAAGUCCAAUCCUGAUAUUACCAAGUUCAUGGCCGAGCAUGGCUUUGGAACAGACUACUGCAAGCUGGAAUCGUACUAUAUUCAACAAAUACUAGGCAUAAUGUCCUCAUUGGGGAAGGGUUACAUGGUUUGGCAGGAAGUAUUUGAUAACCAUAACCAGAUUAAACCAGACACGAUAGUGGAAGUGUGGAAGGGGGAAAACUAUAACGAAGAAUUGUACAAAGUGACGGCUGCAGGGUUUUCUGCCAUCCUCUCAGCUCCCUGGUACCUAGAUUACAUUAGUUAUGGCCAGGACUGGCAGAGAUACUACCGAAUUGAGCCGCUAAAUUUCAAUGGGACCGAAGAGCAGAAGCAUCUUGUGAUUGGUGGUGAAGCUUGUUUAUGGGGUGAAUUUGUGGAUGCUUCAAACCUCACACCAAGACUAUGGUAU